AUGGCGUCCUCUUCUCUUCUCUUCGAGCCGCUCAAGAUAGGCAAUGUGACAUUGCAACACAGAGCUGUCAUGGCGCCGCUGACGAAGUUCCGAGCCAAUAAGAAGCAUGUCCCGCUCCCUCUCAUGAAGGAGAAUUACGGCCAGCGUGCAUCGACCCCUGGCACCUUGCUCAUCACGGAAGCAACUUUUAUCUCUCAGCAGGCUGCUGGGGCCGACAACGUUCCUGGGCUAUGGAACAUAGACCAAAUCGCCGCUUGGAAGGUGAUCACCGAUGCCGUCCACGCCAAAGGCAGUUACAUCUUCGCUCAGCUCUGGGCCCUGGGCCGUGUCGCCGAUCCCAACGCCGCCAAGGCCGAAGGUUUCCAGGUCAAGGCACCCAGCCCUGUUGGUACCGAGGGAUUUUCCACCCCUAGCGAGAUGACUGAGGCGGAUAUCAAGUGCUUUAUCGCAGACUAUGCGCAGGCCGCACGCAACGCCAUAGAGGCCGGCUUCGACGGUGUAGAGCUGCACGGCGCCAACGGAUACCUCGUCGACCAAUUUAUCCAGGAUAUCUCGAACAAGCGCACUGACAAGUACGGCGGCAGCAUCGAGAACCGGUCUCGAUUCGCCGUGGAGGUUAUUGACGCCCUGGUCUCGGCUGUGGGCGCUGACAAGGUCGGUCUCCGCCUUUCGCCCUGGUCUGACUUCCAGGGGAUGCGGAUGGCCGACCCAGUCCCCCAGUUCACGCACCUUAUCACCGAGGUGAAGAAGCACAAGCUGGCACGUCUCCAUGUUAUCGAGUCUCGAAUCUCGGGAAAUACUGAUACCGAGGGUGGAGAGAGCAACGACUUUGUCUUUGAUGCAUGGGAUCGCACAUCCCCUGUGCUGGUCGCAGGUGGAUUUAAACCCGAUCGAGCGAAGUCAUUUAUCGACGAAGAGCACAAGAAUGAUGAGGUAGCCGUCGUGUUUGGACGUUACUUCUUGUCGAAUCCUGAUCUUGCCUACCGCUUGAAAAACGGACUCGAAUUGAACCCUUACAAUCGCGAUACCUUUUACAAUGCAGAGAGUCCCAUUGGUUAUGUCGACUACCCUUUUAGCAAGGAAUGGACAGCUUCUCAGGCUUCAUAG